AUGACUAAAACUUCAUAUGAAAUGUUGAUCGACCAUUUACAAAGUGAUAGCCUUCUGUUAAGAAUAGUAAACCGACAUCUUGACCUUGAAGCACAGCAAGGAAUUAUCGGUGCUUCGCACACGGAUAUUGGAAUUCCAAGCUAUUCGUCACAGGAGCUCGAAGAAUUUAACAGACAGGAGGUUCAGUUGGGCUUUCUGCCGAUGGAUCCGGCUUUGCGCGAUGAGAUCAAGAGAACACUGACCGAAGAAGAUAAUUAUCGUAAAACAAUGAUGGAAGCCGAGUAUAAUGUUGGGUCGGAAGAGCAACAGGUGGAAGCUAAUGGUGUUCUGGAUCAAUAUCCUUCGCUUCAGCAAGAGUUCAUUGAAAAAAUCAGGAGGGAACAAAGUUCAGAUGCACCCGAUAGAGCUUCUAUACCUCUGCCGUCAUAUUUAAAUUGUUUGUCCAUUUCCGAGGAUUCUUCUCUUAUCGCGGGUGGUUUUUCCGAUUCGUAUAUAAAGAUUUGGAGCUUGAAGGGUGAAAAGCUUAGAGGAUUCAAGAGUCAAAUUAAAGUAGCAGAGAUAAACUCGGAAAACGCGAGAGAAGGCGGCGGUAGCGAUUACAAAAAACUUUUAGGACACUCGGGUCCUGUUCUUGGAUUAAGUUUUAGUCCAGAUAACAAAUAUCUAAUUUCCUGCUCCGAGGAUAGAACAGCAAGAUUAUGGAGCACGGAUACCUUCACCAAUCUUGUGAGCUACAAAGGACACAACUCUCCGGUCUGGGACGUAAGCUUUAGUCCGUUGGGAUUUUAUUUCGCGACGGCUGGGCAUGACAGAACGGCCAGAUUGUGGAGUUGUGAUCACAUUUAUCCGUUGAGGAUUUUUGUGGGACACAUGUCUGAUGUGGAUUGUGUUAGGUUUCAUCCCAAUUCCAAAUAUAUAAUCACCGGAUCCAGUGACAAGUCUGUUCGCAUGUGGGAUGUUCAACGAGGCUCGUGUUUUCGAAUAUUUUCGGGUCACACGAAAGGUGUCGGUUGUUUGGCCAUUUCAUCUGACGGGCGUUUAUUGGCUUCUGGCGACCUUGCCGUUGAUUUAGGUGAGGAUAGGUCAAUAAUCCUAUGGGACCUGGGAACUGGAAGACAGCUUAAAAAAAUGAUUGGGCACACGGAUAUUAUUUAUUCAUUAGAUUUUAGUAAGGAAGACAGCAUUCUCGUCUCCGGAGGUGCCGAUAAUACUGUGCGUAUGUGGGACGUUAAAAAGGGUAUAUCGAAUGACUUCAACGAGGAUGACCAGUUGUCAUUAGUGAACAAACCGAAAACUCAAGAGAAUGGUAAUGCUAAUUAUUCGUUUAUGAAGUCGGAUACUUCAUCGAGAUCUCUUGACGGUACUGCCAACGAAGAGAACUCCGGUGUAUAG